AUGGCUGACAACCAGCGAAUCAAUCAGCUGACUGCAAGGAGAGCUACGAUGAUUGGCGCUCUGGGUCGGGCUGAGGCAUUUCUGGUGGACUACAACGCUCAGCGGGACGAACCUCAGGUACUAUUGAGGCUUGAGCAUUUAAACAGCAUUUGGGCUGCUCUGGAGGAAAUUCAAACCGAGCUGGAAACUGAAGCGACAGAUCAAGAAGGUAGGGCACAACAUGAUGCAGUCCGUGCUGAUUUCGAACCCCGGCUUUUUACAAUAAAGGCUUCAUUAAUUACUAAACUGCCUGCACUUCCUGGUAACGCUAGUAACCCCCGACCCCCGCAUGCUACUUCCGCUCUCUCUGGUAUUAAACUGCCUACUAUUUCGCUUCCUGAGUUCGAUGGCGACUAUAUGCAAUGGCUGACCUUUCAUGAUACGUUCUUGGCUUUAAUCCACAACAACGCUGAUGUUCCACCUAUUCAGAAGUUCCAUUACUUGAGAGCAGCCGUCAAGGGGGAGGCUGCUCAAUUGAUCGAAUCCAUCGCAAUUUGCUCCGCUAAUUAUAUUCUUGCUUGGGAAGCUCUCGUGGGACGGUAUUCCAACGAAUAUCUACUGAAGAAGCGACACCUUCAGGCACUCUUCGACAUCCCACGCAUGAAGAAGGAGACUGCAGCAACGCUUCACGGAUUGGUAGAUGAGUUCGAGAGACACACGAAGAUUCUUCACCAGUUGGGAGAACCGACGGAUGCCUGGAGCACCAUCCUUGAGCAUUUAUUGUGCACGCGACUACACGAUGACUCUCUGAAGGCCUGGGAGGACCACGCAUCCACAACGCAGAACCCGAAUUUUGCUUGCUUGAUCGAUUUUCUCCAGCGUAGAACCCGCGUGUUGGAAUCGAUCUCCGUUAAUCACCAUCAAUCUACAAGUGCGACUAAUGACGGUGCGUCCACCAGUCAGUUCCGGAGGCAUUCCCAGUUUCGUUUGUCGUCCUGCGCAUCCACCGCUAGCCCGUCGUUCAAGUGCCCCACGUGCAGCCAAUCGCAUUCUCUGGCAAGGUGUGGCAAGUUUAAUAGUAUGUCUGUGAAUGAUCGGCAGCAAUUUGUAAAUCUGAAGCGAUUGUGCCACAAUUGCCUGAGAGGAGAUCACAUGGUACGUCAAUGCCCCUGUGAUAUGAAUUGCAGAAAAUGUAACCAGCGCCACCAUACUCUUCUGCAUACGGGCCAAACCGCCGGCCCAAAGAAGUUCAGCAACGACGCGACUUCUCGUUCAAUUAAUUCCAUCGAGCCUGCUGUCAAGGCUACUUCGUCGUCUACUAACGUAAUCUCCGAGCAAACCAUUGUUGCUGCUGCUGAAGAUGUUUCGAUUGUUAGUGCUUCCCUUCAGCAACCUCGUGAAAACGUUUUCUUAUUGACCGUCAUCGUCAACGUCGUCGAUGCUUAUGGGCAGCAUCACCCUGCACGCGCUUUACUGGACAGCGCAUCGCAGCCAAAUCUGAUCACCAACCGCAUGGCUCGUAUUCUCCGCUUAAAGAAGCAUCCCGUCAACGUUACUGUCCAAGGGGCCGGACAAGUGUCGAAAGUCAUUAGCGAAUCUGUCUACGCCCAAGUCAGCUCAAGGAAGGAACCUUUCUCUUGUGGUGUUAGCUUCCUCGUAAUGGAUAAAGUGACGGCCAAUCUUCCAUCGCAUAAUGUCUCCAUAGCCGAAUGGAGAAUCCCAAAGGAUCUCUUUCUCGCGGAUCCAACAUUCCACAAGAGCCAGCCGAUCGAUAUGGUGCUCGGAGCUAAGCAUUUUUACUCUUUCUUCCCGAAUGCCGCACGCAUACAAUUGCAUGGCAAUCUCCCACUCCUAGUUGACAGCGUUUUUGGGUGGAUCGUUGCGGGUUCGGCUGAUUCAAUUCUUCCAACACAGAGAGUAUCUUCCAGUCCCAGCAGUAUCGUAACUGUAUCGAUGGUUUCCUUGGAAGAAAGUCUGGAGCGUUUUUGGAAAAUGGAAGAACUGACAACCAAGGACAACUACUCCAUCGAAGAGAGGCGUUGUGAAACCCUCUACCAAGCGACGGUCGCCAGAAACCCCGAUGGACGAUACAUGGUUCGCCUUCCUCGAAAACCUGACUUUGACGAUAUGCUGGGCGAGUCUAAUGCAAGCGCAUUGCGACGAUUCAAAUAUUUGGAGCGACGCUUGGAACGAAACUCCGACCUAAAACUAGAGUACCACCGUUUCAUGCAAGAAUACCUCGACCUUGGCCAUAUGCAGCUGACCAAAACAACUGGCGCCGAAAGCUCCAAAUCUUUUUACUUACCGCACCAUCCUGUCAUCAAAGAAGCGAGUUCCACGACGAAAGUUCGUGUUGUGUUCGAUGGUUCGGCAAAAACAUCUACCGGUUUCUCCCUCAACGAUGCCCUCUGUGUUGGUCCAGUAGUUCAAGACGAGCUACUUACCACAAUGCUACGGUUUCGCACGUACCCAAUUGCUUUAGUCGGUGACAUAGCGAAAAUGUAUCGACAAGUCCUCAUGCACCCAGAUGAUGUUCCACUGCAGCGAAUUUUCUGGCGAUUUUCCCCCGACCAACCAGUGCAAACCUUCGACUUACUUACCGUUACUUACGGGUUAGCUCCGUCAUCAUUUUUGGCAACUCGUACACUGCUACAGCUAGCUGACGAUGAAGGUCAGUCCUAUCCCCUCGGCAGCAGGGCUCUCCGGAAAGGCUUUUACGUCGACGAUUUCAUCAGCGGGGAGCAAUCGAUCGAAAAAGCCAUCCGCCUACGCAAAGAAAUCAGCGAAUUACUUGAGAAGGGAGGAUUUGUUCUUCGCAAGUGGACUUCCAAUCGACUCGAAGUCCUACACGGAUUAAACGCCGACCAAAUCGGCACUCAAUCCCCUCUGGAGUUCACCCCCCACGAAACGGUGAAAGCUCUGGGAAUAAUUUGGGAACCAGAAGGAGAUUUUCUUCGAUUCGAUUCGCAAGUGCAACAUGACGGCAAACCGCCCACGAUCAAUUUUAUCGUCUAUUGCCAAGCUAUUUGA